UGUACAUGUAUCAAAUCAUCCCUUUAAAUAUCUUACAGUUUUAUCAAUUUAUACCUCAUUAAGCUGAAAAAAAUUCUAAAUAUUGGAAAGAAUAGCCUAAAAAUAAUUUAAUUAAGUAGUUGUAGACUACUGACAGCUACAGCCCUGAAUCAGAUGAGGACACUGGCGUUUCUGCUUUUGUUUGUUGUCAUUGGCAGCCAAGGGUAGUAUAGAAGCAGAUGAUGGAUUGUACAGCCAAGCUUCUCCAUGUUUCCUGUGUUGUGUGCUUUGAGGGGAAGGCUUUAUGGUUUAUGGACAGAUAGAAGAAUAACUUUGGAUCGGGAUGUUUUUUUAAACUGCUAAACUGUGUGUCCAGUCUAUUUUUUAAUAAGUCAUGUGCCCGUGACUUAUGGUGAGCCUGAUCCUUCCGGGACCUAGAGAGAGGUGGCCUCAUUCUGAGGGUUUGCAGUAUGAGCCUGAUAUUGGUGCCCCUACCUUGUUCUGAGUGAAUGUCUCCAUAAUAACUGCAGUUUGAAUUGAUGCCUUUUUUCCAGACAUAGAAAUGCUUUUCAUAACUCUGUGAGAAGAUGGAUCUGCCAUGGAGGACUGUGAUGGAGGACAUUCUGUCUGUUGGUUCCUCCUAUCCGGUCCUCCAGUUUUUCCUGGUGUUGUCAUCUAGAAAUCAAGUGCUCCAGAUGAAUGCUCUGUCUACCCUGGACUCCAUCACUCUGAUGUACCCUUUCUUUUACCGGCCCAUGUUUGAAGUCAUAGAAGAUGGCUGGCAUUCUUUCCUUCCUGAGCAAGAGUUUGAACUCUGCUCUUCAGCUACUGGUGAAUGGAGGUUAAGCUAUGUCAAUAAGGAAUUUACUGUCUGUCCCUCUUACCCGCCGAUUGUCGUGGUGCCCAAAUCUGUUGAUGACGAAGCUCUUCGGAAGGUAGCUGCCUUCCGACACGGGGGUCGCUUCCCAGUGCUCAGCUAUUAUCAUAAAAAAAAUGGAAUGGUGAUUAUGCGAAGUGGUCAGCCUCUUACUGGCACAAAUGGGAGGAGAUGCAAAGAAGACGAAAAGCUGAUAAAUGCUACCCUGAGGGCAGGAAAGCGGGGUUAUAUCAUUGACACCCGAUCUCUCAACAUAGCCCAGCAAGCCAGAGCCAAAGCAGGCGGCUUUGAACAAGAAGCCCAUUAUCCCCAGUGGAGGCGGAUUCAUAAGUCCAUUGAGAGGUAUCACGUCCUUCAGGAGAGCUUAAUCAAACUUGUGGAAGCUUGUAAUGACCAAACCUAUAACAUGGACCGAUGGCUCAGUAAGUUGGAGGCCUCGAACUGGCUGACUCACAUCAAAGAAAUUCUUACAACUGCCUGUCUAGCCGCUCAGUGUAUUGACAGGGAAGGAGCAUCCAUACUGAUUCAUGGGACAGAAGGAACCGAUUCCACACUUCAGGUCACCUCCCUGGCCCAGAUCAUCUUGGAACCAAGAAGCAGGACCAUCCGUGGUUUUGAGGCCCUGAUAGAAAGAGAGUGGCUGCAGGCUGGUCACCCAUUCCAACAGCGCUGUGCACAGUCAGCCUACUGUAAUAGUAAACAGAAGUGGGAGUCGCCUGUAUUUCUUCUCUUCUUGGACUGUGUGUGGCAGAUACUUCAUCAGUUCCCUUGUUCCUUUGAAUUUAACGAGAGUUUCCUUAUCAUGCUCUUUGAGCAUGCUUACGCUUCACAGUUUGGAACAUUUCUGGGCAACACUGAAAGUGAAAGAUGUAGGUUGAAGCUCCAGCAGAAAACAAUGUCUCUGUGGUCCUGGGUCAACCGGCCCAGUGCACUGAGUAAAUUCACCAAUCCUCUCUUCGAAGCCAACAGUCUUGUCAUCUGGCCUUCCGUGGCUCCCCAGAGCCUUCAUCUGUGGGAAGGUAUUUUCCUACGUUGGAACAGAUCCCCCAAGUAUUUGGAUGAAGCAUAUGAAGAAAUGGUUAACAUAAUUGAAUAUAACAAGGAAUUACAAGCAAAGGUAAAUAUCCUUAGGAGGCAGUUGGCAGAACUGGAAACCGAGGAUAGGAUGCAGGAGAGCCCUUGAAAGACCUCCCCGCGCCCGCAUCAGGACCCUGGACCUGUGUCCCACCUCCCCUUGUGCCCUGGAGUUCACUUUACACCAUAGCCUUGAACUUAGGCUUUAGAUGUGAGAACCCUCUAAUAUGUGGAUCUCUCAACACUUUAUGAAAGAAACUUACUGUAAUUACUCAUGUUUCAUGUGGCCUGUUAGGACUCUUUACUUUGGGAGCAGAAAGGAGGUGCUAGUCAUGUUUUUUUUUUUUUUUAUGUAAAACUGGUGACCUAUUUAAUGCCAUUCAUGUCACACACCAUUUCAUCCUAAGUUUUUCUCUGUGUCCACUUUUCAAACAGUGCUCCAGACCAGUCAAGGAUACAGUUAACCUCUUUAGGGGAUAUUUGUUAGUUUAAAAAAAGAUCAGACUUUUAAACACUCUGAAUAUAAAAAUAUUUUUCAAAACUGAAAUGGUUGAUAAAUCAAGAAUUUUGUGUUUAAUGUGUACAUUUCCAGGACCUGUGCCAUUCUCUUCAAAAUAGUUUUUGACUAACGAAGCUGAAUUUAUUUUCAUUCUGGUUUGUCAAGAAAGGAAACUCUAAAUAUUUAUUCAAGGUAAAUUAUUUUUACAAGGCAAUGGGUAAAGUCUUCUCAUAUUUACAUUAAGAAGUAAAUUUUAACAGACACUAAAAGUGUGUGCAAUAUAGAAAUAAGGAAUUUGUGACUGAUGAGGUAUCGUUACGUUGAAUUGGUUUUUCAGGAUUUUGCCCAUACAUAUUAAAUGUGUGUCAAAUGCUAGGUAUAACAUUAAACCAUGAUUUAAAAUAGAUUUUAAUUUGUUAUAAGUAAGCUCCAGAUACGGUUUUCUUAAACCAGAGAUGCACUGCCCUUGCCUGAAGUUCUUAUUGCACUGGUUUAAGUAUAUAUGUGUGUAUUUUAUUGUGUUUUGUUUUAAGUAUCCUAAGAGUUCACUAAUACUAAGGUUAAAACUUUCACGUUGGCUUGAGCCUUUGAGAAUUUAUCUUGACGCUCUGCUGAUUUGGCCAUUGUAUGUUAGGUAAAUAUAACUUCAGUGGAAGUAGAGGCUUAUGAGCACGAUGCAGCGAUAUUUUAAACUCCAGAAAUAGAUUUGAAAUGUUUCAGUGUUAUAGAAAAAGUGAUGACUGUAUUUAUGCUAUGUUAGUAUAUGCCUGCAACUCUAAAAGUUUGAGGUCCAGUGCUUUCCAUACAGGUUUUGUUUUGUGGCCCUGCUCAUAAAUACUGUCAAUUCUAGUUUUCCUUUAAAAGGAUAGUUGAAGAGUAAUCUUUACUGCCACUUCUGUCCCAUCUGUAUGUAACCAUUUCAGUAUGAAACACACCCAAACUGAACCCUGCUUUUGAGCUAUGUAUUGAGCUAACAAUAUAAUUUUAAAAAAUCAAUUCUAGCAAAAUUUAUGGCCACAUUCAGAGGCCUCAGAAAGUGGCAAAUACUUUCUAUCUCCAGUUGCCCAAGCUUCAUCUUUUUUCUGUUUCCUCUGACCUGUAACAAACGGCAAGACCACAAUCCACAGUCAAAACUCUUUGGGUAAAUCUCCUCCUCUAAGCUAAGUUUUUUUUUUGACUUGUUUUCUUGGCUGCAGUUACGAAUCUCAGGGCAUUAAAGCCCUCACCAAAAGGCUAGGCAAGGAGCAAAGGGGAUGCGCUGGCUUGCUGGAGACAUGUGUUGUGUAAGAUGUUUACAUUAAUUUUUUUAGAGAGGAAACACCCUAGCUUUUCUAUGCCCCCUUAAAAUUGCUUGCUGUAUUUGUUCAUGCAGCUGACUUCUGGUAAUUAAUUUAUUUGGCCAGCAUUUUUCACUGUGAUUUUAUUAAAUAGGCAGAAAGGAAGCAGAAAUUGUAAAAUCUAAUAGGUAUAAAGCAGCCUAUAAAUGUGUCAUAUUUCUAAGAAAAGUAACACCUUUGAAGCAAGAUUUUAAAGUGAUUUAGAGGGGAAAUUUUAGAAGACAAUAGUCAUUUUAGAUCCUACAUGGGGAACUUUAAACUUUUCUUUGAACUCUGAAUGAAGCCUAAUUUACAAAGGUAACAUAUCAUUUUUAAGGAUGAAAUUUAGUGAGAUUUUAGUCUUUGAUAGUCAUUAUUUGUUAAAAAAUCAAUAUCAUGAAAAAGAUUUGACCAGUAGUUGUAUCUCUUGAAGUGAAAAAUGGGAACAUUUUGCUACAUUUUAAAAAAUCUGCUUAAAGGUGUAACUCUUAUAGUUAAUCUGUUUUCAGGUCUGGCUGUUUUAAUUGUCAGUCUUAAUUAAUUAGGUCAUCAGAUUUACUUAUUAUCAGACCUUAACCUGAAGCAAAAGUUUUGGGAUUUACCUAUAUCCAGAUUUAAAAUUUUAAUUAAUAAUUUACCCAUAUCCAGAUUUAUACGAGGGUGUUAUGUGCACUCUUUAUCAGAAAGUUAUUUCCUGGACCAAAAAUGGGCAAUUUUUAGAAGGUUGAUCCUGUCUGGCAGCUUUGAAAAUAACCAGAGAAUGAAGUCAUUUAGUACAUCUUAUACAGGUUUCUGCUGUACCUCAGGACAACAUAGAUUAUUCAUUUCUUAGCCUUUAACGUGGGUCAGAUAUUUUUUCCCCUCUAUAACUAAUAUCCUAAGUUAUUACCAAAUAGUAUUUUUAUGUAAUUUACCAUCUUAACAAAAAACAUUAAAAGACUGAUAUCUCCAUUAUAUUUAUUCUCAGGUAAUAUGAAAUACUAAUUUUCUUACAGUAUCAGUUUUUAAAUUUUUGUUUUCUUUAAUAAAACUACUUCACCUUCACUCAGUCCUAAUAAUCUAGUGUCCACAGCAUCUUCUUCCUUAAACUGAUAGCCUAGAAAAUACCUUCUGAAACUCUAGGACUAGGUUUUAGAAAGUCUAAACUUGUUAUCUAAAUUCCCUUUAAGAAACCCAGUGUCUUUAUUUGAUCUGCACUGAGGAACUGUAGUGUCCUGAAAAAUAAAUCCUGAUGAGAACUUACUGACUUCUGGAGCCGUUCUGUGUAACCAUCUGUGAGUUACAGGUUAACUAGAUUUGUGAUGUGUAAUAAAAACAAGUUGUACAACACUGUGUCUGCCCACGACAUUUGCUUCACUUUUAAAAGGCACAUAUCUUUUGACAGGUGGAUUAUUCUGUACAAACACACCAAGUUCUGUUGUUUAGAAUCUUUAUAGCUCUAUUACCAUCUACAUUAAAAAUAUACUUGUAUAACUUAGUUAUAAAAAAAAAGAAUAUGUAUUUCUUCAGCAGCCAGGUAUUUGGAUUUACUCUUGAUAUAUUUGAAUGUGACUCUUGGAUUUAAGUGCACUAUUAUUCAUGUCUUACACAAUAAAAUUGCACUGUAUGGCAAA